AGCAGCUCCGCCGCGGCUCCGCCACCAUCGCGGAGGUGCCGCUGCUCCCACAGACGCUCGCGAGCCGCCCCUCGCGCUCCGGAUCCUCCUCAGCCUCCCGCACGCCCCGAGACGCUCGCCCCGCCAGGCCUCGGUCCCCGCCUCCUCCCCGCUCCUCUUCCCCUCUCUAGCUCCCCACAUUGUCUCUGCCUCAUUUUCUCUCCUAGUUGAGGAAAAAAAAAAAUCACCAUUAUCCUCAGGGAGCCCCCUCGCCCUCGGAAAACAAAACCAGACAUGAUCCUGGGCUCUCGCUUCUGAGAGAUCUGCCCUACCGAGGAGCAGGGAGCCUAGUUUCAAGUCGCAGGAAAGGUCACGGCAGGGAAGCCCCCGCAGUCCCUCCGCGUCGCCUCCCCGCGGGCCGCCCCUCUCGGCCCUGCGCCCCGCGGCCCCGCAGCCUCCCCGCGGCCUCCCGCCCCAUCCCCGCCACUUUCCCCGGAGCUGGGCCGCGAACACCUCUCUAUUGAUGGUGUAGCGCUUUAGGGGAAGCAUUUUUGAAACGUUGGGGUUGUUGGAGUGGUUGGAUUUUCCCUGGAAUUGAGUGAGAAAUUCAGAAGACUGAAGCCCAGGCUUACUGUCUACCUUUCACGGAGGCCUAGCCGUGAGAGGACAGAAGAAGGCACGUGGCGAAUCAUGACAGCGGACAAAGACAAAGACAAAGACAAAGAGAAGGACCGGGACCGAGACCGGGACCGAGAGAGAGAGAAAAGAGACAAAGCGAGAGAGAGUGAGAAUUCAAGGCCACGGCGGAGCUGUACCUUGGAAGGAGGCGCCAAAAAUUAUGCCGAGAGUGAUCACAGUGAAGAUGAGGACAAUGACAACAAUAGUGCCACUGCAGAGGAGUCCACGAAGAAGAACAAGAAGAAACCACCAAAAAAAAAGUCUCGUUACGAAAGGACAGAUACUGGCGAGAUAACAUCCUACAUCACUGAAGAUGAUGUUGUCUACAGACCAGGAGACUGUGUGUAUAUCGAGAGUCGGAGGCCAAACACACCGUAUUUCAUCUGUAGCAUUCAAGACUUCAAACUGGUCCACAACUCCCAGGCCUGUUGCAGAUCUCCAACUCCUGCUUUGUGUGACCCCCCAGCAUGCUCUCUGCCGGUGGCAUCACAGCCACCACAGCAUCUUUCUGAAGCCGGGAGAGGGCCUGUAGGGAGUAAGAGGGACCAUCUCCUCAUGAACGUCAAAUGGUACUACCGUCAGUCUGAGGUUCCAGAUUCUGUGUAUCAGCAUUUGGUUCAGGAUCGACAUAAUGAAAAUGACUCUGGAAGAGAACUUGUCAUUACAGACCCAGUUAUUAAGAACCGAGAGCUCUUCAUUUCUGAUUACGUUGACACUUACCAUGCUGCUGCCCUUAGAGGGAAGUGUAACAUCUCCCAUUUUUCUGACAUAUUUGCUGCUAGAGAGUUUAAAGCCCGGGUGGAUUCAUUUUUCUACAUAUUAGGAUAUAACCCUGAGACAAGGAGGCUGAACAGUACCCAGGGGGAGAUUCGUGUUGGUCCUAGUCAUCAGGCCAAACUUCCAGAUUUGCAACCAUUUCCUUCUCCAGAUGGUGACACAGUGACCCAACAUGAGGAACUGGUCUGGAUGCCUGGAGUUAAUGACUGUGACCUCCUUAUGUACUUGAGAGCAGCAAGGAGCAUGGCGGCAUUUGCUGGGAUGUGUGACGGAGGCUCUACGGAAGAUGGCUGUGUCGCAGCUUCUCGGGAUGACACCACUCUGAAUGCACUGAAUACACUGCACGAAAGCGGUUAUGAUGCCGGCAAAGCCCUGCAGCGCCUGGUGAAGAAGCCCGUGCCCAAGCUCAUCGAGAAGUGCUGGACCGAGGAUGAAGUGAAACGCUUCGUUAAGGGACUCAGGCAGUACGGGAAGAACUUCUUCAGAAUUAGAAAGGAGCUGCUUCCCAAUAAGGAAACAGGGGAGCUGAUCACCUUCUAUUACUAUUGGAAGAAGACCCCCGAAGCCGCCAGUUCCCGGGCCCAUCGUAGGCACCGCAGGCAGGCCGUGUUCAGGAGGAUUAAGACUCGCACUGCGUCCACACCUGUCAACACACCCUCCAGACCCCCGUCCAGUGAAUUCCUGGACCUGAGUUCAGCCAGUGAGGAUGACUUUGACAGUGAGGACAGCGAGCAGGAGCUGAAGGGGUACGCCUGCCGCCACUGCUUCACCACCACCUCCAAAGAUUGGCACCACGGAGGCCGGGAGAACAUCCUGCUCUGCACCGACUGUCGCAUCCAUUUCAAGAAAUACGGUGAGCUCCCGCCCAUCGAGAAGCCCGUGGACCCGCCACCAUUUAUGUUCAAACCUGUCAAGGAAGAAGAUGAUGGGCUCAGUGGGAAGCAUAGCAUGAGGACACGGCGGAGUCGGGGCUCGAUGUCGACACUACGAAGUGGUCGGAAGAAGCAGCCAGCCAGCCCUGAUGGUCGCACCUCACCCAUCAAUGAAGACAUCCGCUCCAGCGGCCGGAACUCCCCCAGCGCUGCCAGCACCUCCAGCAAUGACAGUAAAGCAGAGACAGUGAAGAAGUCGGCCAAGAAGGUGAAGGAGGAAGCUUCUUCCCCUCUUAAGAGCACCAAACGCCAGCGGGAGAAGGUGGCCUCUGAUACGGAGGAGGCUGACAGGACCAGCUCCAAGAAGACAAAAACGCAGGAGAUCAGCCGACCCAACUCACCAUCUGAAGGUGAGGGAGAGAGUUCAGACAGUCGCAGCGUCAACGAUGAGGGCAGCAGUGACCCCAAAGACAUCGACCAGGACAAUCGCAGCACGUCCCCGAGCAUCCCCAGCCCCCAGGACAAUGAGAGUGACUCGGACUCAUCAGCCCAGCAGCAGAUGCUGCAGGCCCAGCCCCCAGCCUUGCAGGCUCCCACCGGGGUUGCCCCAGCUCCCUCUGCAGCUCCUCCAGGGACACCCCAGCUGCCCACGCCAGGGCCCAUGCCCUCUGCCACUGCAGUGCCCCCACAGGGUUCCCCCACGGCCUCCCAGGCCACUCACCAGCCGCAGGCUCCCACAGCACCUGCCCCCCACACCCACAUCCAACAGGCCCCCGCCCUGCACCCCCAACGUCUGCCCUCGCCGCAUACCCCGCUGCAGCCUCUGACUGGGUCUACGGGCCAGCCCUCCGCACCCCCUCACGCCCAGCCCCCUCUGCAUGGUCAGGGCCCACCUGGCCCUCACAGCCUGCAGGCUGGGCCCCUGCUACAGCACCCAGGCGCCCCGCAGCCGUUUGGCCUCCCUCCCCAGGCUUCCCAAGCCCAGCCCCCUCUGGGGACCUCCCCGGCAGCAGCGCACCCUCACACCUCCCUGCAGCUGCCAGCCUCUCAGUCUGCAAUGCAGUCCCAACAGCCGCCACGGGAGCAGCCCCUGCCACCAGCACCCUUGGCCAUGCCCCACAUCAAGCCCCCACCCACAACUCCCAUCCCCCAGCUGCCGGCGCCACAGGCCCACAAGCACCCUCCCCACCUCUCGGGGCCUUCACCCUUCUGCAUGAAUGCCAACCUGCCACCCCCUCCAGCCCUGAAGCCCCUGAGCUCCCUGUCCACACACCACCCACCCUCGGCCCACCCCCCACCCCUGCAGCUCAUGCCUCAGAGCCAGCCAUUGCCCUCCUCCCCCGCCCAGCCCCCUGGGCUGACCCAGAGCCAGAGCCUGCCCCCACCUCCUGCCUCCCACCCCCCUACAGGCCUCCACCAGGUGGCCUCCCAGCCCCCAUUUGCUCAGCACCCCUUUGUCCCUGGGGGCCCUCCUCCUAUCACCCCUCCGACCUGCCCUUCCACCUCCACGCCACCGGCUGGACCUGGCACCUCGGCCCAGCCACCCUGCUCUGUUGCGGUGACUUCAGGAGGCAGCAUAGUGGGGGGGUCAUCCUGCCCACUCCCCACUGUCCAGAUCAAGGAGGAGGCCCUGGACGAUGCUGAGGAGCCCGAGAGCCCCCCUCCCCCUCCAAGGAGCCCAUCUCCUGAGCCCACUGUGGUGGACACCCCCAGCCACGCCAGCCAGUCUGCUAGGUUCUACAAACACCUGGACCGGGGCUACAACUCGUGUGCACGGACAGAUCUGUACUUCAUGCCUCUGGCUGGGUCCAAGCUGGCCAAGAAGAGGGAGGAGGCCAUCGAGAAGGCCAAGCGUGAGGCUGAGCAGAAAGCCCGAGAGGAGCGAGAGCGGGAGAAAGAAAAGGAGAAGGAGCGAGAGCGGGAGCGGGAGCGGGAGCGGGAGGCCGAGCGGGCGGCCAAGGCGUCCAGCUCAGCACACGAAGGCCGCCUCAGUGACCCCCAGCUCAGUGGUCCAGGCCACAUGCGGCCAUCCUUUGAGCCACCGCCAACCACCAUUGCUGCUGUGCCCCCCUACAUUGGGCCCGACACGCCGGCACUUCGGACUCUGAGCGAGUACGCCAGGCCCCAUGUCAUGUCACCCACCAACCGCAACCACCCCUUCUACAUGCCCCUCAACCCCACGGACCCCCUGCUGGCCUACCACAUGCCCGGCCUCUACAACGUCGACCCCACCAUCCGCGAGCGCGAGCUCCGGGAGCGGGAGAUCCGGGAGCGGGAGAUCCGGGAGCGGGAGCUGAGGGAGAGGAUGAAGCCGGGCUUCGAGGUGAAGCCCCCAGAGCUGGACCCCCUGCACCCAGCCGCCAACCCCAUGGAGCACUUUGCCCGGCACAGCGCCCUCACCAUCCCCCCGACCGCCGGGCCCCACCCGUUUGCUUCUUUCCACCCGGGCCUGAACCCCUUGGAGAGGGAGAGACUGGCCCUGGCGGGCCCCCAGCUACGGCCCGAGAUGAGCUACCCUGACAGACUGGCCGCUGAGCGCAUCCACGCAGAGCGCAUGGCGUCGCUGACCAGCGACCCCCUGGCCCGACUACAGAUGUUCAACGUGACUCCGCAUCAUCACCAGCACUCACACAUCCAUUCCCACCUCCACCUCCACCAGCAGGACCCCCUCCACCAAGGUUCAGCGGGCCCCGUCCACCCACUGGUCGACCCUCUGACUGCCGGCCCUCACCUGGCUCGCUUCCCCUACCCCCCUGGCACUCUCCCCAACCCUCUGCUUGCACAGCCCCCCCACGAGCACGAGAUGCUUCGCCAUCCAGUUUUUGGCACCCCCUACCCUCGAGACCUGCCUGGGGCCAUCCCACCCCCCAUGUCAGCAGCCCACCAGCUGCAGGCCAUGCAUGCCCAGUCGGCCGAGCUGCAGAGACUGGCCAUGGAGCAGCAGUGGCUGCACGGACACCCCCACAUGCAUGGUGGCCACCUACCAAGUCAGGAAGAUUACUACAGUCGACUGAAGAAAGAAGGUGACAAGCAGUUAUAAGUUAUUUAUUUCUUAACGCCGGCUGUGGAAACCCCAGUUCUUGGGGGGAAAACAGGACUUUUUACAUACAGUAGGAGCUGCAAAAGCAAAAAGAAUAUCUUCUAAAGAUUUCUUUAUAUAUUUAAAAACCACAACUAAAAAUGUACCCACAUAAUAGUGUUCGUUUGUCGAGAGGAUUUCCUGAGACUGGUUUGGAUCUCCCUGCAUGACAGUCCCCCAGAAACUUAGUGAGUCCUGGACUGGACUGAACAUUCAGAAAGCUUCCCUGCAAUCUUGGGGUUUGCUUAACUUAGUGAGUCCUGGACUGGACUGAACAUUCAGAAAGCUUCCCUGCAAUCUUGGGGUUUGCUUUAGUUUCUUCUUGAUUUCUCCGUAGGUGCUAGAAUCCAGUUCCCACCCUUCACUGUGCGCUCGCAGACACACUCCGUGACGAGUGUCCAGAACCCGCAAGCUUUGCAGAUAGGCGGCAUAUGAAUUUGGAAUCCAAGAGCUAUAAUUUUUAAAAAAAAUCUUUUAUUUUAAUACAUUGUAGGAAAUCUUCAUAAUUUGAGAAAGUUCUGCAGCAUGGCUUUUUACGUCUGUAAAUAAAUAAUUUUAGAACAGCCUUUUUUUUCUUCCAUAAACUACUAUUGUGAUCUAUUUUUUCCAGCCAUGUCACUAAUUGUGAAUUCCUACCAACUAUUGACAGAAUACAGAGUUGAUUUUUUAAUAAAAAGUUAUAUAUAAUUAUCCCUUUAAUUAAAGGGAGCAAAGGGGCGUUGCCCGUGGGCAGAGGCUUGGCCAAGGCCUGGUCACAGCAGUAAGCAUCCAGGGCUGGCGGGGGCGAAGUUUUGCCCCUUGUGUUUCACGUCUGUCUGCUCCUAGCCUGUGCUCUGCCGGCUCUGCAGACGUCUGUCCAUCAGACCUCUUCCAGUUUGCACAGGGAGUGCAGGCAGUGAAUGCUCGCUUUCUGUUCCCCGUGUCACUGUUCUGUUUCCACGGGAUGGAAAGCAUGUGGUCCUGUGUCCAUUGUAGAUUUCCUUCUAGAUUUCUAUGUACGCAUACUUGAUUGCUCUGGAUGAAUGCCUUUUUAAAUACUCUGAAAAUUUCAUAAUCUAAGAAAUUCAAGAAAAUGAUUCCAUACGAAUAACUCGGCACAUGAGCGACCCAGGACAUAUGCCUGCCAAAGGGAUCUGUUGGAAGGCUGCCCUUUCAUGCACAUUGUCAUCUAGAUCUUAUGGUGAGGAUGGCCCAUUCUUGCCACAGACCAAGGCUGCUUUUGAGCGAGGGAGACCCUGGAGUUAGACAGGUGUUGGGGGUGGCCUGCAUUUUCCCCCAGGAGUAGGUCUGCGUGGCGACCCAUGUUGCACUGGCAAACCACUGGAGUCCCACUCUUCAUCCUGGAAGUGGGAACUGGAGUCCCUUCCACAAAUGUGAGGUCAGAAAGCAGGCUUCCGCCUGCGGCACAGCUGCUUAGGAGGCCAGGCCCCUCCGGGCAGAACUGUCCUGGAGAGAGCCUGCCCUCCUCUCUAGGUCGCAGCCAUAAUGCACUUUCUCCCAGGCCAAGGAUGGGUGUUUUGGGGUGUCUGCCCUCUGUCAGCUCUGCUUCCUGCCAGGAUGUGGCCUUUUCCCAUCCUCUUAUCUCAGACAUUUGACGGCUUUUCUGCCAUUGUUUGUGCUGGUCCCAUCCCAAGAAUUGUAGGGCAGAGAGACCACAGUAGGUCAGCAGACAGAAAGUCCAUCUAGGACCCAGGCCACAGAGGAAGCAGGAAGAGAGGCUGAUAGUUUGAUCUAGAAACCAGCAGGUAUUAGCUCAAAUCCAGGUUCUGGAGUCAUAUAAGGGCAUUCCCAGUUUCUCUGAAAAACCAUGUUUGGUUUCAGUUGGGAAAGGAUUGUUCUAUCUAUUGAAAAUGUUUAUAGUUUAUUUUUCUUCUUUCCAUUUUUCUCUCAUUCCAUCUCUGCCUUAACUUUAGUUCCUUAGUGGGGAGGCAAGCUCACAUUAACCUUCUGUCAUCAGACUUCAGGCCGCAUUGGCUUGGAGGCAUUUAUUUCCUUGUGGGGUGGGACGGGGCCUCGUGGCAGGCUUGUUGGAGGCUCCCACUGGGGCCUCUUCCUGCUGGGCUCCCAGGCCCCUGCAUCCAUGCCCUCUCCUUCUCUCCUUUUGGGUUUUCUUGCUUGCUUGCUUUUCGGUGGAGCACAACAUCUACCAUUCAGUUAAACCUUCUUUGUCUCUUCCUCUGUCAUCUGUUUUUCCAAAGAAGAGAAAGAGUGGAGUACUCUGAGGUCUGUACUUGAAAGCUGUCCGAAGGUGUUCUCUUGUUAGGUUUGCAUUUCUCCCCAUAUCCCAAGGUGAAGCACUGAGAUUCUUCCAUUUAAAAACCUUGACCCGAAACCCUCACCAGAUCAAUUGCAGUUUCUCUGGGAGGCCCUGUGUCUUUGAAGCCCAGCCGCUCGGUUUCCUCUGGACUUUCCUCCCUUUGUUUGGGGUUUGGUUUGGCUCCUCUGUGUGUCCCCGUAUCUUGUUGAGUGUUGUCGAGGUUGAGCUUCACUCCACUGCGGCAGAGCCAGAGUGCACAUUCGGAUUUGCUACGUUUCUAUAUAUCUUGAAGCUAAAUGUAUAUAUGAGUAGUUUGCCAUGAGAUAACACAGUGUAAACAGAGUAGACACCCAGAAAUCGUGACUUCUGUGUUCUCUCCAUUUGAGUAUUUUGUAAUUUUUUUGAAAUAUUUGUGAACAUAAAUAAAACCAAGCUACACUACAA